GAAAAAAGUUUGGAAAUCUUUGGAACAGUUGAAGCAGAUCACUCACUUUUCAAUUGUUUAAUUGCACAUUAGUCUAAAGGUUGGGGAUUAUCACUCAUAAAGAUCCCACUGUACAGAAAAGAAAAAGUUUGAAUUUUUAUAUAAACAAACAUCCAAAUUAUUGCACAGUUUCAAAUUUUAAGUUGACCCUUUAAAAUUUCAGUGAAAUUGAUCAGAAUUUUGAAAUCUAGAGAAGAAAAUUGAUUCAAAUUGGAAAAAUUUUGAAAUGGAGAAGUCAAAGUAGGUACCAAAUCCGCAGAAAUUACAACAAAUGCAUCACUGUUUCCACCAUUUUUGACCUUCAAAAAUAGUCACAGAGAGCGUCUUUUUUCCCUCCAUCUCUUUCCCUCUCUUUCUGGGUUCUGUUCUGUUUCCGCCGCUGUGUUUCUCAAAAUCUCCUCAAUGAGCCGCUCAGCGCCGCCCCUCGAGCUCACAAUUCUCGCUCAAUCUGCAGGUCGCUCGGGUUGAGUUUGAUUUGGGUCGAUUUUCUUCUGGGGUUUUCGCUUUCUAGCGAUUCCCAGAUCUGUUUUCAUUUGAAUCGAGGAGCGAAUUGAGGAGGAGCAAUGGUUGCGGAGCCUUGGUUAGUGAAAAUGGGGAACCAGGUGAGCUCUAAUCUCAAACACGCCCUUCUCGAACCUUCCAAGAACAACAAGAACCCUAAAAAACCAGAAAUCUCCUCCAAUACCAAGCAAACAAUCGGUAUUCUCUCUUUCGAAGUUGCUAAUGUAAUGUCCAAAACGAUUUAUCUUCACAAAUCUCUCUCUCAUUCCGCAAUUUCGAAGCUCAAGAACGAGAUCUUGAGCUCCGAUGGAGUAAAAAACCUCGUAUCCUCCGACGAGCUUCAUCUUCUGGAGCUCGCGGUUGCCGAGAAACUCGAGGAUCUAAACCGAGUGGCGAACGUGGUUUCAAGGCUUGGGAAGAAAUGCUCUCAGCCUGCGCUUCAGGGGUUUCAGCAUGUUUACUUGGAUAUCGUUAAUGGAGUCAUAAACGUGAAGGAAUUGGGGUUUCUGGUGAAGGAUAUGGAGGGGAUGAUGAGGAAAAUGGAGAGGUAUGUGAAUGCUACUGCCAAUUUGUACACUGAAAUGGAGGUUUUGAAUGAACUGGAACAAGCUGCGAAGAAAUUUCAGAACAAUCAGCACGAGGAGAGUAAAAAAGCAUAUGAACAGAAACUUGUAUGGCAGAAACAGGGCGUGGGGCAUCUGAAGGAGAUUUCUCUUUGGAACCAAACUUAUGAUAAGGUUGUUGAAUUGCUGGCCAGAACUGUUUGUACUGUUUAUGCGAGGAUUCAUUUGGUAUUUGGGGACUCUUUUCUGAAGAAGGAUGUGAACGAGAAUGUUGUAGAGCCGUUGGAAUCGAAACGUGCGUCCAUUGAUAAAUGCCCCAGACCGAGACGGGGGUCGAGUUUCAAGUCUCGAGUUAGCUUGAGAAGAGGUGAGGUUCCAUUGUUUACACCUGAUGACUUCAAUUUUCCUUGUGGAACCAAUCCUGGGAGACUUCUCAUGGACUGCCUUAGUUUAAGUAGUUCAGUUUCAAAGUUGGAUGAUGAGGACGAGGACGAGGACGGUUAUGCUGACCGUGACGAUCGGAGCUGCCAAAUCUCCGGACGUAGCAUUAGGAACAGUGGCUCCAGCCAUUUCAGUUCUUUCAGUCAGGUGCAGUUCUCUGUUCCAUUUGGGGUGGAUCAAAGACAAAACAACAGUGUGAUGUCUAACAGUGGAGGAAAUUUCGGCUUCAAGAGUAGGUUAUCUGGCUAUGCACCAGUUUCAACGGUCGGAGGCUCCGCUCUAGCUUUGCAUUAUGCAAAUAUCAUCAUUGUCAUCGAAAAGUUGCUUCGUUACCCUCAUUUAGUUGGCGACGAAGCCCGGGAUGAUUUGUAUCAGAUGUUACCAACAAGUUUAAGAUCAUCCCUGAAAACACAUUUGAAGUCUUAUGUUAAGGACCUGGCCAUAUAUGAUGCUCCUGUUGCCCAUGAUUGGAAGGAGACUCUCGAUGGGAUCUUGAGUUGGCUCGCUCCGUUGGCGCACAACAUGAUUCGGUGGCAAAGCGAGCGUAACUUCGAGCAACACCAGAUCGUGACUCGGACAAACGUUUUGCUAAUCCAAACUUUAUACUUUGCCGAUCGCAAGAAGACAGAGGAAGCCAUAUGUGAGCUUCUUGUCGGGUUGAACUACAUUUGCCGUUACGAGCAUCAGCAAAAUGCAUUGCUGGAUUGCGCUAGUAGUUUCGAUUUCGAAGAUUGUAUGGAGUGGCAGUUGCAGUGUAAAGCUUCGUAUCUUACUUGAAAAAUAACGGUACAGGCGGUUGAGCAUUUAGAGGAAUGUUAUAGUUCAAUAGAAUUGUGAAUAUUGAGUAGAUUUAGCACACUGAAUGACAUGAUUGAUGGGGGGACUUCAACUAGUCACUGUUUGCUGUUGAGAGGUGGAAAAUUUCUGUUUUCCUGCAUUAAGAAAUCAGGCUGAGCCUUUCAAAUGAAGGGAAUUUGGUGCUCAAAUCUCCUGAUCCCCAACUUGAGCAUCCAUGCUCAUAGAUAUACAGUUAGUUUUCUCUCCCCAAUUUCUCCCCGACCCGCUCCACGAUCCGUUUUUUUUUGGGUGGUUGUAAUUUAAAUAUAAAAACUGUAGCUUGAUGUAUUUAAAUCACAACCAUAUUCAUAUCUAUAUCAUACCAAAUCAAUGGAUGAAAUAUAUUUCUCA